AUGGGCGACGUUACGACUGCGCUCACCUCGGCCUGCGCCUAUGAAGCGCAGAACGACACAACAGCCGCCUCUUCUGGCACCGACUUACGCCGUCCUGGUAGCAGCGGGCCAACGCAACUCCGACGGCACUCAUUCUUCCUUCCGAGGCGCAAGUCCAUAAUAGGUCACAUCAUGGAAGGCGAGGAGGGGCUACUCCUCAAGGUCGACCUCUUUCUCUCCGAGUUGGAGCGUCGACUGGAUCUCAUCGAAAGCUACGCACACAGCGACUUCAGCAAAGACUCGAGUAUUGCACGGGCUUUUGCAACGUUGCAAGCUGUCCGCACAAGGUGCUCCCACGCCUCCGAGGAAGUCAUUGGCGAGGGGCGACGACGACUGCAGGUCAUGGUAGAGACCUUGGAAACGAGAUACCAAGAGACGCUAGAAGCUGCCGAGUCGUUCCACGAAAAGGCACACUUGGGCAUCGAUCUUCUCGAGACUAUGCUCACGGAUUUCGAAAACAGGGCGUACAAGCUUCGAGAGCGAGGGCUCGCUAAUGCCGCCACAGCAGCAGGCGCCUUCGUGGGAGAAGGACGACGCGUGGCAAACGAGAGUAUUGAGAGGGCGCGCGAGGUGGUCCACGAAGGCCUUGAACGCGCGCGCGACGCAGCGUACUCUCUGGAAGAGCACAUCCAGAUGACCAUCCUCAAGGCCCAGGAGACCGGCCUUAUCAUGUACGAGGAUCUGCCUACGCCGUGGAGGAACAACCCGCAUAUUCGAAAGGGCUACCGGUUUAGCGCGACCAAAGUCGGGUGUGUCCAUUCGGCUUUCCGACCUUCCAACGAGUCGUUCAACAUCUGGUCUCAUGCUCUGGGCCUUAUCUUGGUCCUUGCCGUGGCCUUGUAUUUCUACCCGAGCAGUCCCAACUUCUCUCUGAGCACCAAGAGUGACGUCUUCGUCGCGGCUGUCUUCUUCGUCAUGGCGUGUGUAACACUCGUGUGCUCAACAAUCUGGCAUACGAUGAAUGCUGUCGCUGAUCUGGAAGCCGUCUCCCUGUUCGCCUGUGUCGACUACACGGGCAUCUCACUCCUCAUCGCAGCUUCCAUCAUGACCAGCGAGUACACUGCAUUCUACUGCGAUCCCCUCAGCCGCUGGAUCUACAUGAGCUUGUCCGCCUUUCUUGGCCUCGGAGGUGUCAUUAUGCCGUGGCACCCAAAGUUUAACGGGCCGGACAUGGCUUGGGCUCGAGUUGCCUUCUUCGUUGGCCUGGCUUUGACAGGGUUCAUGCCCAUGCUACAACUGUCAUGGACGCACAGUGUGGAGUUUGUCUACGACUUCUACUCCCCUAUUUUCAAAUCACUGUUUGUCUAUCUGGCCGGCGCUGUUGUCUACGCGAGCAAGAUCCCAGAGAGAUGGUGCCCGGGCUGUUUUGAUUAUUUUGGGGGCAGUCACAAUCUGUGGCAUGCUGCGGUCCUCGGUGGCAUUCUUUUCCAUUACACCGCCAUGCAGCAAUUCUUUGCCAGCGCCUUCGAUCGCGCCGAAGGCGGCUGUCCUGCCUACUGA